GCUGAAGACUAGCUAGCACACAUGCUGCCACGUUAUCUUAACGCCGAAGAAUGGGUGUAAAAGGCUUGCAGUAUUUUAUGGAGAAAUGUUGUCCAGAAACCUGUGUGAUGGUGGACUUCAGGGAGAUGGCAAGGCAGCAUGUCAACAGCCACCAACAGGGCAGUAACACCACUCUUCCUACACUGGUGGUGGAUGGCAUGGCCUGUCUGAGGCACUGGUACAGCUGUCAAGCCUGGGUGUAUGGUGGUCAGUGGAAAGAGUAUAUGCAUUGCCUGAAGGAGUUUGUGGGUGCAUUCAUGACUGCAGGUAUCCGACUUGUGUUUUUCUUCGACGGGGUAGUGGAAGAAGAAAAACGUGUGGAGUGGGUGAAUCGGCGACUGAAGGUCAACGAGGAGGUUGCGAGGGUGUUCCACUAUUUAAAGUAUCAUGGUCAACAGCCUGGCCGGGAGCUGUUCUGCCUCCCCUCAGGGCUGGCCACCUUCUCUCGCUUUGCCCUCAAGUCUCUGGGCCAGGAGACCUGGUGCUCUGUUCGCGAGGCCGACUAUGAGAUCGCCAGCUUUGCCCUCCGUCACAACUGUAUGGGCAUCCUGGGGCAGGACACAGACUUCAUCAUCUAUGACUCAGUCCCCUAUCUGUCUGUGGCUCAGCUAAGGCUAGACACCAUGACCACCGUGCUGUUUUCCACAGACAAACUGUGCCACGCCCUCCAGCUGCAGAAGAGUGAGCUCCCUCUGCUCGCGUGUCUCCUUGGUAAUGACGUGGUGCCAGAGCAGCGGAUGCAGCGGCUGCGUAGCGAUGUCUUGGCAGCUUACAGGAGGAAACAUCCACAGUCUCCACCUCAAGGGGAGAAGAUUUAUGCUGUAGCAGAUUUCAUCAGUAGCAACAAGCUGUCCAGAGAGGGAGCCCAUGGUGUUAGCUGUCUGCCUCUAACAGAUAGAGAGGUUCUGGAGAAAGGAGUACAGUACUAUCUACUUCCUGGUCAACAGCCGCUAUGGGACAUUAGUGAUACCUCUCCUCGUAGCCCUGUGUGUCUGAUGAAGAGCUACUUGAGUCCUGACAUCCUCCAGGCAGCCAAAGAAAAGCACAUGCGAGCAGAAUGUUUUAUGGUAUACAGUGUACUGUAUGAUGGUGUGGUGGAAUGCAGUAAUACACUUGAAGACAGGGAGGAUGCUGAGCUCACUCCACAGGCAAUUGUGUAUCAACCUUGCAGAGAACGCAUCUACGGCAUUCUGUUACCCACAAAUCCAGACGGUGGUGGACGGGCCCCAACCGUGAGGGAAUGGUUUGUUUUUCCUGGAAACCCACUAAAGGACCCCAAAGUAGUCUCUCCCUUGCCCCUGAACCACUCUGGAAAACCAGAUUUGAAGCGUUUAUGGUUUGGGAAGGACUCCGAAACAAAAUGCCUCCGCAUCUCCACCUUCUUGGCUGUAUUUGAGUUGGAUGAAUUCUCAGUGGAGCAUGAUUGUCUGGAUGGCUCUUUGAUGGCUGUGCUGUGCCUUGUGACCUACAUUGCCAUGCAGGUGGGCCACCUCUCAUUGGAAGACAUAGAUGCAUAUCUCAGCCAAGCUAUCUGUGUCAGGUACAAAUCCUACACAGAACUGCUUCACACAAGGGUCUCUCAUGUGGAGCCCCGGGCGGUUCAGCUGGGCUCUCUGUUUGUCCGAGGGCUGACCCACCUGGUGGCCGCCAACAGUGCUUGCGGAUGCCCCUUCCCCAUGGAACAGCUGAUGCCCUGGAACACCUUUGACGGCCUGCUCUUCCACUCAAAGUACCUGCUGGCUCACUCAGGGAGGCCACAGGAGGAGCUGUUGGAGGGCAAUGCAUCCUGGGUAUCCCUGUUUCGUUUUCUGAGAGAGCUGGUCCUGGGAAUCUGCAGCAGGCGUGGCCAGAGCAUCCAGUCCAGACCACGGAUAACACAUCCCGGGAAGCAUGUGGAUCACAGCGAGCAGUGGAGGCAAAGAGGAGCCCCAUCGGGACAGCAUGGUCUCUCUCCUCAACACUACAGACCCCAGACCAGAUCCCAAUCAGGACAGCAUGGUCCCUCUCCUCAACACUACAGACCCCAGACCAGAUCCCCAUCAGGACAGCAUGGUCCCUCUCCUCAACACUACAGACCCCAGACCAGAUCCCCAUCAGGACAGCAUGGUCCCUCUCCUCAACACUACAGACCCCAGACCAGAUCCCCAUCAGGACAGCAUGGUCCCUCUCCUCAACACUAUAGACCCCAGACCAGAUCCCCAUCAGGACAGCAUGGUCCCUCUCCUCAACACUACAGACCCCAGACCAGAUCCCCAUCAGGACAGCAUUGUCCCUCUCCUCAACACUACAGACCCCAGACCAGAUCCCCAUCAGGACAGCAUUGUCCCUCUCCUCAACACUACAGACCCCAGAGCAGAGGUCCUAGAGCACAGGCACAUGAACAUAACAGACCAAGAUCAACAUGUCCAAACAGAAGGAGAUACCAUCUGGCACCUAGGUGGCAGAAUCCCCAUCUUGAUUUCCCCUGACUGUCAGUGUUGAGUGGACAUGCCUUGCUGGGACCAUCUUACAGAAUUGCCCUGUUAAGAGCAGCACAGCCCAACACACUCAGGGGAUAUGUCUGAUAUUAGACCGACUUGUGUUGAACUUUGUGAACACAGUUUGUGUUACCAUAACCUCACUAUCAGUUGGAUUGGCUUGGAGAAAUGUAGGUCAUGUAACUGUAUGAGAUAUUGGUUGCAAUAGGAGAGGAUAUGCGUCACAAGGAGAGGAAUAAGGGCUUAGUAGGAUGUUUUUUUAUUUUUUACUAACUGUUUGAGGUACAGGAAUGUAACAAGUGAAAGAGGACCCGAGGGAGCAGUUACAUUUCAUUUGGUUUAGCAUCUGAAAUCCCCAAGUAAGUAUUGACAUACCAAAAUAACAAGGGAUAGGUGACAGUGGGGUAAGUUGAGCCAAAGAGGUAAGUUGAGCCUCCCUUGUUUCUAGGAAACCAGACACAAAAUGUGUCAUUUGACCAAAUGUUUAGGAAGAGGUCAUCAUUUAAUGGAGUCUGUGAGGGAAGAAACCACAUGGAAAAAGUGGUAAGCAAGUUGGGUCCUCCAAAAAUAUUUUCACCAAGUCAAAUUUAUUUAAUGUGUUAGGUUUAGAUACAAGCAUCAUGUAACUUCUAACGAGAUACUUUUAAGAUUGUUUCAUACGUCAGUUGAGGUCUGUAUAAGCUUCAAUAUGAGGUUCUAAACCUAGCAUAAAAGUGCAUCCUUGUAGCUAUGUGGGCUAAUAUAGUCAAAAUGUUUGCGUUGUGGUAAAUUGAGGCAAUGGCCAGUUGAGCAAAUGUAAGUAUUUUCUUCCCUGGCGUAAUGCAAGGCAUUAUCGCUGGGAUAUGAGAUAACAACAAGGCCUGGCCUAUGUUUAAAGUGUUUUAACAAAGUACAAAGUGUAUGUUAGGUGCUAAACCUGUGUUUUAAAAUAUGCUUUAAAUUAUUUUAAAGCGACUGUGAUUGGGUUGAAUUGUGUUUGGGAAAUAAAAAUAGACAUUGUUUUAUAAGGGUAGUGGUAAUAUUUAAUUUGGUACAGAAAUGUGUAGGCGGCUUAACUUUACCCUGUCCUGUGGCUCAACUUACCCCAUACCCGGGGUAAAUUGUGCCAAGAGAGCACUUUGUUUUUGACAAAUUAUUAAAUUUUUACAUGAAUUCUGAUUAUUUCCAUGGAUACACAAUCUCCUGAAAUAUAUGUAGAUCAUUGUUUGAAAGAACACGGUAUUUCCC